CCCUUCGCUUCCUCUCUCUCUUUCUAUACACUAUAUUACAUCAGCUAGGCACCUGCCACCUGUGCCAAUUCAAACAAAAUGAACAACGACGGUCUCAUUUGGGAGGUUCUGAACAACCAGUUCUGCUCGUACAAGGUCAAGACCAACGUGGGCAGCCUGUGCCGGCACCCCUAUAACCUAACUGGCCUCUGCAACAAGCGGGACUGCCCACUGGCGAACUCAAAGUAUGCGACAGUGCGCGAGCGCGACGGCCGCAUAUACCUGUGCAUGAAGACGCCCGAGCGCGCCCACACACCAGCCAAGCUCUGGGAGAUGAUCGCCUUGCCCAAGAACUUUGCCGAUGCAAUCGAGAUCAUCGACAAGGAGCUCCUGUACUGGCCCGACUGGAUGGUGAACAUGUGCAAGCAGCGCUUGACGCGCAUCACCCAAUACCUGAUUCGCACGCGGAAGCUGAAGCUCAAGAACAAGCACACCCUGGUGCCCAUCAAGAAGAAGCUCGAGCGCCGCGAAAAGUCCCGCGAGGUCCGCGCCGAACAGGCUGCACGCCUCGACCAGUCCAUUGAGAAGGAGCUGCUGGAGCGUCUUAAGAACAAGGCAUACGGCGACCAGCCGCUUAAUGUCAACGAGAACGUCUGGCGCGAGAUCCUCGAGGCCGAUGAGGUUGAGGCUGAGUCAGACGUCACCACCGAGGAUGAGCUUGAGGAUGAGGAGGAGAUCGAGGAGGAGGAGGAGAAUGUCCGCGAGUUCGUUUCCGAUAACAGCGACUUUGAGGAUGACAUGGAAGAUAUGCUCGGCAUGGACGCUGGUCGGUUCUCGUCAGCCUCAGAGGACGAUAGCGAAGAGGAGGACUCGGAUGUUGAUUCUGUCGAUUCUGUCGAUUCCGAGGACGAAGAGGAUGAAGACAAUACCCCGAAGAAGUCUGCCAAGGCCAAGCGGCCAGCCCCGACAAAGCAGGCGAAGCCCGCCAAGAAGCCCAAGAAGCGCGGUCCACGUGUCGAGGUCGAGUACGAGACCGAGGCUCAGGACGACAUGCUUACCAACUGGUGAUACAGCACCUAAAAUUUACUAUGCAAAUACUUAGUCAAUCUACA